UUGAACAUGUUCACCACUCGGCGCAUCGCAGAGAGCCAAUGCUGGAGCUCCAGCCCUUUGGAAAGCUUCCCGGCUGCUAACAGGCGGUGGGAUUUUGUAUCCUUUUGACAUAUUGCAAAAAAAGGGAAAAGGAUCGUUCCUGCCAUUGCUAUCGCCUCAUAUAACGGAUUUCUUUAGGCAAUCAUUUGAAACAGCCUGGUCUGAUGUGAAAAGGAAAAUCAUUGCCUCGGGUAGAAAACUGUCUUGCUCCGGGAUCUGAGCCUUAAUGUAGCCUUGGACUUCAGUUGCAGUCUGGAACAAAUGUCAGCCACGGUUCUGCACGGUUAUUGUCGUACGUCAGCUAAAUGUUAGAGGUUUCCUUCUAUAUUUGGAGAGCAAGCAUUCUCAUGAAUGAGCAAGCCAUGAGCGCGACUGACAGAUUAAAGGCAUCUCUGUUGUUUAUACUCAGUGUCCUGUAGACACACCAAAAGCACCCAGCAAGAAAGCCUGAUUCGUUACAUGACAACCUUAAUGACUUUGAACCACAAAAGACCACAGUCAUAAGGAACAUUUACUGAGGAUUUUUUCAGUUUCUCGUCACGUGCGCCCCAUUUGACUUCCCACUACUGCCACUAUCCCAUUCCAAUCCUUUGGAAACUGCCUUGGAAAGCAACGGGAUAAUGGCCGAGAGAUUGGGGACAAUACUGAUGGAUUUCUGGACUCGCUUGAUAAUGGCAUGGAUUAGCGUGCUUCCCUUAGUGCAGCCAAUCUCAACGGACCCUCCGCAGAGUUUGCAGGACAGAAGUAUCUUGGCAUUGAAUGAGCUGAAUGGUGACCCUAGCGCUUUCAACCGUGCCAAGAGAGGCUGGGUCUGGAAUCAAAUGUUCGUGCUGGAAGAGUUUUCUGGUCCCGAGCCUAUCCUCGUUGGCCGGUUGCAUACAGAUCUCGACCUAGCAAAUAGAAAUGUGAAGUACAUCCUGUCGGGCGAAGGUGCUGGGACAAUCUUCAUGAUCAAUGACAAGACAGGAGACAUUCAUGCCAUGAAGAGACUUGACCGUGAGGAGAAGGCUGAGUACACGCUGACUGCACAGGCCAUUGACAGGGACACCGACAAACCUCUAGAGCCGCCAUCUGAGUUCACCAUCAAGGUUCAAGACAUCAACGACAAUGCCCCUGAGUUUCCAGAUGAACCUUACCAUGUGACAGUGCCAGAGAUGUCCUCUGUGGGCACGUCAGUCAUGGGGAUAACUGCGACGGAUGCUGAUGAUCCAGUUUAUGGGAACAGCGCAAAAUUAGUGUACAGCAUCCUGGAAGGGCAGCCAUAUUUUUCUAUCGAGCCACACACUGGAAUUAUAAGGACUGCCCUUCCGAACAUGGAUCGGGAAGCGCGAGAAGAAUAUCUGGUGGUGAUACAAGCAAAAGAUAUGGGAGGCCACAUGGGAGGUCUCUCUGGAACAACAACUGUAACAGUCACAUUGACUGAUGUUAAUGACAACCCGCCCAAGUUUACACAAAGUCUCUAUCAUCUGUCUGUUCUGGAGGACAUGGCAGUUGGUGAUGUUGCAGGAAGGGUCAAGGCGAAUGACCGGGACUUGGGACAGAAUGCAAGGUCAUUGUACGAAAUUAUCGAUGGAGAUGGGAUGGAUGUGUUUGAGAUCACAACAGACUCUCAGACCCAGGAGGGGGUCGUCACUCUUAAAAAGCCCCUGGACUUCGAGACCAAGAGAUCCUAUACCUUGAAAGUCGAGGCCGGUAAUGCACAUAUUGAUCCUCGCUUCAUCAGCAAAGGCCCCUUCAAAGACACAGCAGCUGUGAAGAUCACAGUGGAGGAUGCUGAUGAGCCACCUGUGUUUUCAUUGCCUGCCUAUUUCUUGGAAGUGAGAGAGAGUGUCAACGUGGGUUCUGUCAUUGGACAAAUAAUGGCCCGUGACCCUGAUAUUGUCGUCAGCCCUAUCAGGUAUUCAAUAGACCGGCACACCGACCUUGAAAGGUUGUUCAACGUUAAUGCUGAUGAUGGGAAAAUAACCCUGGCCAAACCUCUGGACAGAGAAACCGAAGUUUGGCAUAACAUCACCGUUAUCGCCACAGAAACCAGGAAUCAUAGCCAAGUAUCCCGUGUGCCAGUGGCUAUUAAGGUGCUUGACGUUAAUGAUAAUGCUCCAGAGCUUGCCUCACAAACUGAAGCAUACUUGUGUGAAAAUGGAAAGUCUGGACAGGUCAUUCAAACAGUCAGUGCCAUAGAUAAGGACGACCCAAAGGCUGGACAGUAUUUCUUCUACAACCUGGCCCCAGAGAUUUCCAGGAAUCCCAAUUUCACGAUCAAGAAUAAUGCAGAUAACUCGGUCAGUAUCUUGGCCAGACACAGUGGAUUCAGCAGGCAGAAACAAGACAUUUACUUCCUGCCCAUCAUAAUCUCGGACAGUGGGAAUCCCCCCAUGAGCAGCACCAACACACUCACCAUCCGGGUCUGUGGCUGCAGCACUGAUGGAACUGUACAGUCCUGUAACGUGGAAGCCUUUGUUCUGCCCAUCGGGUUAAGCAUGGGAGCUUUAAUAGCUAUCUUAGCCUGCAUUAUCCUUCUCUUAGUUAUUGUGGUACUCUUUGUAACUUUAAGAAGGCACAAAAAUGAGCCUCUUAUUAUCAAAGAUGAUGAAGAUGUGAGAGAAAACAUCAUUCGUUACGAUGACGAAGGUGGUGGAGAAGAGGACACAGAAGCAUUCGAUAUCGCUACUUUACAGAACCCUGAUGGUUUCAAUGGAUUCCUGCCACGGAAAGAUAUCAAACCUGACCUGCAGUAUGUACCCAGGCAAAGCCUUCCUCCUGUCCCGAAUGGAGUUGAUGUGGAUGAGUUUAUUAAUGUAAGGCUUCACGAUGCCGACAUCGAUCCCACUGCCCCUCCCUAUGAUUCCAUCCAGAUCUAUGGAUAUGAAGGAAGAGGAUCAACAGCUGGCUCACUGAGCUCACUAGAAACAACAUCAACAGAUUCAGAGCAGAACUUUGACUACCUCAAGGAAUGGGGCCCACGUUUUAAAAAACUCGGGGAUAUGUAUGCAGUUGGGGAAACUGACAGAGAAACUUGACUCCAAAUUGGAAUUACCAGUUGUCCAACAUAUUAAAGAACAGUGGUGUAUAAUUAUAGGGUUGCCAAUUAUUAACAAUGGAUAAGCUGGCCAGUAUUUUUAGAUGCAGUCAACAUUAGCUCCUUUCAUCCUUGAAGUCCAGCUUAUUGUAAUAUUGAACUUAAAAAAAUGCAGAUUGUAUGAGUGUUUUACUCUUGUGGGGUGUGGAUUAUGUGGAUUGUUUAGGCAGGUUUUCAUUUCCUGGUUCUUGUAUAGACUUAACAUUCAAGUGGAGGACACUUGCUGGGAUCUUACAGUGCUUCCUAUGUGGUUCCGUAGACUUUGGCUUUUCUCUGAUUGCAGACCAACAUCUGACUGAGCCAAAGUGAAGCAAUAUCAAUAUGUUUGUCAUGGAACUGAUGAACGUAGCCAAAGGAAAUGAAGGGGAUAGCUGUGACAGGACAUCAUAAAGCUUUGAAAACCAAUACCAGCUCCUUCCCCCUGCAGUAAUAUUAGCUGAGGUGUAAUCGAGUGUUUCUUUGUGAUUGGUGGUCACACAAGUAGACACCUUGUACUCGAAAUAGAGUGCCCUUAGGCUUCAUAAUAUGCUCAUGCUCCAUGUCCAUUCCAGUCUUAAGAAAUGUGUCUAAAAGUAGGUGGCAAGUAAAGUUGACAGAAAUAGAAUAUCAACUCAGGUACAGGCUUCAAGGAUCCAAUACAAACACAACUAACACAAUCAAAUCUUCCCUGGGUCUUUAAAAAAAAACCUUAAAUGCUAACAAAAUACCUGAGCCACUCUUGAAGGGAACUUGCCAGAAGAGUAGGCAGUUUGAAAUGUAUGGCAAUGGGUCAUUUUAGGUUGAGUCCAGCACUUGCAUGCACGGGUCUCCUGCCUCAUCAUCAAAGAGCUAAGAACAAGAGCUGGAAUGGGACUGAGAUCAUGUGAAUAUUGGAAUCCUAAACCUUUAGAUACACGCUCAUUACACAGUACAGUAGCGGUGUUAAACAUGUGCUUAUUGUGCUUCACUGUGUAAUUUAAACAAAAAAAAUGAAAAUGGUUUUAAAAAAAUGUUUUUUUUGUUAUGUAUAUAUAGAUUUACUGUUUACUUUUGUGGCAUUUUCUUUUUGGAAAAAUGUACUUUGGCUUUGCACGAUAGCUCUUGCACACAAAUUUGAUGAUAACAGCACUGAAAGCUAUGUGCAUUGCCAAUUUUUAAUCCAAAAUAUUACAUUUCAGAGUAGAUAUUGUAUAUUACAAUAGUCUGACGCACACAGGAAGAGCCCUUAUUAAUUUUAUACGUUGCUUUAAUGCUAUUUACUUGUAUGUUUGAAUUAUUUUACUCCAUGUAUUGUACAUCAGAGGA